GAUUUUCAAGAAGCGUGUUCCGACUUUAAUAGCUGUCUUUUGAACGGUCUAUCUAUUGUAUAUAGUCGCCAGACGUCCUGCGAGCUCUCAGUGCGUGGCGAGCAAGACGUCUGGCGACUACCAUACUUUUUUUCCGUAUGUGCUGAAGAUCAAAUUUUAGAGCCUUGUAUAGCCUUAGAGGCUCACGCGCAACUAAACCCAUACUAGUACACGUAUGUAGUCAGUAUUUUAAUAUCGUGCAGUCGACGUCUGUCGUGUAAGGAACAUAUUGUUCUAACCCCCAAGACCCGACAGGGGGCACAAGUUCCUUCAAAGUUCGUCGCAAAAGAAAUCCGGCCGGUCUGGAGGGGGAUCCUGUUGCCCCGGGAGAAUCCCGGAAUUCUCCUGGCCCAUUGCUUCCGCCUUCAAGCCCUGAAAUGGAUGACGCAAACAGUAAACGGCAAGCCACGAGGGUUUUCAAGAAAAGUUCUCCAAAUGGUAAGAUCACAGUUUACCUGGGCAAACGGGAUUUUGUGGACCACAUAACGCAUGUAGAUCCUAUAGACGGUGUGGUUCUUAUUGACCCAGACUAUGUGAAGGAACGUAAGGUAUUUGGACACGUCCUCGCAGCAUUCCGUUAUGGACGGGAGGAUUUGGAUGUCCUGGGUCUUACAUUCCGGAAAGAUUUGUACCUGGCUGCGGAGCAGAUAUUUCCUCAGGAUGGCAGCUCCAAGCGACCGCUCACACGGCUACAGGAGCGCCUGAUCAAGAAGUUGGGACCAAAUGCAUACCCAUUCUACUUUGAGCUGCCUCCUCACUGUCCAGCAUCUGUGACACUUCAACCAGCUCCAGGUGACACAGGUAAACCCUGUGGUGUUGACUACGAGCUGAAGGCAUUUGUUGGUGAGACACAGGAAGACAAAGCUCACAAAAGGAAUUCAAUUCGUCUGGCAAUCAGAAAAAUUAUGUAUGCACCAAGUAAACAGGGUGAGCAGCCAUCAGUGGAGGUGAGCAAGGAGUUCAUGAUGAGCCCCAAUAAACUGCACUUAGAGGCCUCGCUUGAUAAAGAGUUGUAUCACCAUGGUGAGAAUAUUGCUGUCAAUGUUCACAUAGCAAACAAUUCAAAUAGGACUGUCAAGAAAAUAAAAGUUUCAGUUCGGCAGUUUGCGGAUAUCUGUCUCUUCUCCACUGCCCAGUACAAAUGCACAGUUGCUGAAGCAGAGAGCGAAGCAGGCUGUCCUGUUGGUCCUGGGUUCACACUCUCAAAAGUAUAUACAGUGCGACCACUGUUGGCCAAUAACAAGGAUAAGAGAGGCCUGGCAUUGGACGGACAGCUGAAACAUGAGGACACAAACCUUGCAUCCUCUACAAUAGAGGGGUGCCCCAUCGGGCCAGGGUUCACACUCAGCAAAGUUUUCACGAUGACUCCACUGCUCGCCAAUAACAAGGACAAGUGGGGGUUAGCUCUAGAUGGGCAGUUGAAACAUGAGGACACAAACCUCGCCUCCAGCACAUUAGUGUCAGAUCCUUCCCAGAAGGAGAAUUUAGGAAUUAUUGUCCAGUACAAAGUGAAAGUAAAGCUGUGUCUUGGAGCAUUAGGAGGAGACCUGGUAGCAGAAUUGCCUUUUAUCCUGAUGCAUCCAAAACCAGAGGAGGAUCCCCCCUUACCCAUCACCACACGCCCAUCACCUUCGCAUGAACCUAGAAACACGGAAGGUGAUGAUGGUGUAGCUGUUGAUACAAAUCUGAUUCAGCUGGACACUGAUGGAGUCGUGUGCCCAGAUCAGGAUGAUGACAUUAUUUUUGAGGACUUUGCUCGUUUACGACUGAAAGGGGGCGAGACAGAAGCCUGAGUGUGGGGGCCUGGUGCCAGAAGAAGGGCUGUUUCUUCUGCUAAGCCACUUCGUACUGAAGUCUACAUUACGUGGGAGUAGUAUGGAGGUAACUACCAAUCAGGGCUCAAAAUUCAACAGCCAGACAACAUACUGAUCAUUGCUUGUUAACAGAACAAUGACAGGAAUAUUCUUGAAGCUAUUUAGUCAUGUGUUUUGCAGAUAGUUUCAUAGAAGUGUUCAUAAACUUGAAAGAUGAUUUGGUUUUAUUAGUGGGGUGGGAAUUUCAGCAAUCUGGUGUUUUUCUCUGCCAUAUAUACUAAGAUAUAUAUUAAGAGAAUGUACAGUGAACACUUCAGUUUUGCAUUCACAAAUUAAGUGGAAAUACAAAUAGUUUUAAAUAUUAUAUUUGUAGAGCUUUGAAGAUAAUAUUUAUUUCAACUAGAUCAAUUAUAUCCCUCUUUAAUAAAGUCUUCUCGGGCUAUCAGCCGUGUUAGAUGUUGAUUAAUCGCCGACGUUUCGAGGACCAUCUCUGUCCUCAUUUUGAAGGCUGUUGUUGACUGUGGCUCAUAGAGCGAACUGUUAAAAGCCUUGAAAAUGAGGACAGAGAUGGUCCUUGAAACGUCGGCGAUUAAUCAACAUCUAACACGGCUGAUAGCCCGAGAAGACUUUAUUAAUGAAAGCCGCCAUGAAAGCUUCACAUCAUAUAUAUCCCUCUUGCUUGGUAACAUUUAUGCUUCUUGUGUAGCAUAGAAAGUAUGCUGAGUUGUAUAUGUAUGGUAUUGUACUGUAUUGUAUUUGUGAUGUGAUAAUUUCUGAGUGUGUAAUACAUUUCACUUUCAUUUUUACACUAAAUACAGAGGUGCCAAUUUUAGUCAUUUGGGUAAUGCCAGUGUCUUAAUUUCGUAAUCUUAUGCAAGAAGAACUAUGUUUAUGAUUAAUUUGAACUUUCAUAGGUAAAAUAUGUAGGUGGUUGAAAUUUUACCUGGAAUUUUAAUCAUAACAAGCCAAUAUAUUGUCUAGCUUGUUUCGUAUUAGGAAGUCUUCUCAAGGUGCUCUCCCUUUAUGUGUACACACUUGUCCCAUACCAUGAAAUGACUGUGUAAAAAUGACACUGAUCCAUGUUGUUUACAGAAACAAAGUUCUGGGUCAGAUUUCAGUUACCCCUACAACUAAUUUUAAUUAGAAAUGGCUAUGAAAGUCUGUUAAAUGUUAAUAGCUUCACUGUUAUAAUCUGAUUGAAUGUCUUCACAUCGUUUCUUCGGGAGGGCUACAACUGACUCUUUGUUGACAUUAUUCUGUUAACAAGACUGCAAUCCUCCCUUGCUGUUACAGUAUAUGUUUGAUGGAUUAUGCUUCCAAUAUUGUCCCUGGAAUACAAUGGAAGUACAUACUCUUACAUCAUUGGUGCAGAGCAUAUACUGAGUUCACAUUGAAGGUGUUACUAACGUUGUUUAUAGUCUGGUCAUAGUAGCUCAGUCAAUAAGGUGACUGACUAGGCCCUACCCAGGCUGCUGUCCAGUGAAUACUGGGUGAUCUUUCCCAAGGAGUAAUGUGGCUAAAGUGUGAAUUGACCAAUUGCCUCCAACCAGUGCUGAGGUAUAGAAUUCAUGGAGCUUUGCCUCCACACUCCCUAUACAAGUUUACAGUGAUGUGCUUAGGCACAUGGGGAACUUUUGUAUAUUGGCACCUCUGGAAUUAAAAUGAUUGUCCUGUAAUUUGCAGUGCAAAGGGACACUGGCCUAUAUCAAAUGAAGUUUGUGUAAGGAAGUAAUUUUGAGCCCUGACAUGUGGCAAUAAGUUUUAGGGUCGUGACAGUGACAUUGGAUGGUAUGUUUGCACUUUGAGUAGUGCUUGUGUCCCUACAGACAGUAUUGCCAAUGAACUGAAAAUAUUCCUUGCUGAUAAUCGAAUGGGAGAAGAAAGAUGCAGAAAAGGAGGUUAAUAUUUUAAUGGAUAAAGGUAGUGAAAUAUAUAUAUAUUUAAGGGUGAUACUAGGAGAAUUUUGGUGUCACUAUGUGAUGAAUGUAUUUUGAUCAUCCAAUAUAUUAUUCACUUAUUUAUGAUUAUGUGUAAGAAAUUGAAAACUUCUUUCUUUAUGCAUUUUAUUAUUUGCAUUUUUAUACUGCAAAGUUUGCAACUUUUAUGGACAGUUCAAGCACAACAAAAUUCAGGCAUAUGGGUGGAUAUUCAUGGCCAAUGACUUAUAAUUUCACAUAAAUUCAAUAACUAACCUCUUCAUUAGUUCCACUUCUGUCUGAUGGAUAGACAGAACACUACUUAGGAUAUUAGGUUCUGGCAGGGGUAAGUACAAAGAUGGCUGUCUUCGAAACCCCUAGUCUUUUGGGCCCUCUGAUUGAGCUAGUCUCGGUUUUGUACUAGCUUGAUCAAGGGACUCAACAGGUUGGUAUUUUAUCCUCUCAUCAUUCACCUAAGGAGCGAAUUAGAACCAACUUUUGAAAUGUCAUGAUUUUAAAUUAAAACAUUUUGAUGAUGGAUAAAAUUAAACAUAAUGAAGAUGGCUGUAUGCUGGGUUGUAGUGCCAUGGUACUCUGGUAGAUGUUUACCAACAUUUCAGAGGUCCAUGCUGCCUCCAUCAUCAUGACAGUCCUACAACCCAGAAGACAGCCAUUUGCAUACUCACUACCAGGAGAACCUCAUAUCCUACUUCUAACAGAGUGGUUUACACAUUGUGUUACAUCAUCACACAGGUUAUACCAUUAUACCAGCAUAUUGUAAACAGGCAGCUGUAUAAUAAGUCAGAAUUAUACCUUGCACUGUCUGCAGUGUUGUAAAUCAUGAUGAAACUUUACAUUGCUUGUUCUGUUGGAGAUAUUUCAGGUUCUCUUGGCAGUGAGUAUGAAGAUGACUGUCUUUUGGGGUGUUGCACUGUGUAGUCUUUUACCAGACUACACAGAGCAACACCCCAGAAGACAGUCAUAUUCAAAGACAUUUUUAAUUUUCUCCUCAAAUAAGAACCACUCCUCUUUACUUUCAUUAUUUUCUAAUUUAGAACUGAGUUCUCUCUAGUAAUAUUUCCAGUGCCAUAAUCCUGAACUGCAUAACACAGUGUAAUAUCCUAAUACUUGUUAUUUCCUUUAUAGACUUCCAAGUCACUGCACUUAUAAGGGUUCUCCCUGCAAAAAUUGUGUGUGUAUGUCCCUCUCAAACUUUGUAUUAGUCCACUGUUACAUCCUUAAUUUGACUUUUUAAUAUUAGAUUACUAGAUAAAUUGCAUGUAACUCACAGAGUUCCUUGUUUUGUAAUAUCCUCCACUGCACAUUUCCCUUCUUCUCCUCGUUCCUGAUUACUUUGUUUUCAAAUACUUCCCUACUAAAAAGAGACCAGAAGAUAAGAUUAUGUACAGUAUUUCUGUUUUACUAAGAAUUCUGUCAAUUACUGGGCACUGUGGUAACAAAGGUUUAAUUGUCAUUGCACAAAAUGGAGAGGCCUAGAUGUAAACACUGUGUAAUGUCAUGAAUACGAGUAUAUGCCUGUUGAACAUUCUUUCCCCUCCAGUUACUGAAUUGUAUGGGUGUUUUCAUAUGAACUUAAUGUCAGCAGAUGACUAACCAAAGACAUUCUUUCUGCAUUUGUUAUAUAGUGUACAGCAUUUGUUUGUAGUAUGAAUGAUUUGUGAGAAGCAUUCACAUGUGUGACAUUACAAUAGGUGAUUCAUACUUAUUUCAGUUAAUUUUAGUUUGAUACACUGGCUGUCAGAGACUAUUCUUAGCAAGUGUAUUUUUGCAAAAUCUAUUGCAAGCUGUAAAACUUUCUGUCUACGGUAACAUGUAGAUGUUAACUCCUCAAAUUUUCAUGGUGGUUUUAGGAGACUUGUAUUUUAAUGUUUUGAUUGAUGACAUUCAGCUCUCAAUAUUGUGGAGAAAUUAGCAGUCUCAGUUUUUGGGAUGAAGUGAUGAGUCACAUCUGGCUGUCAAAUGAACGGAUGGACCUGUACGUGGGGCCAUCAUUUGCAUAUGGUUUGUUGGUAUUCACAAAGGAUGUUUUACACAGAAGUUAAAUAGUGCUCAAAUUUUGUUCAUUAUGGUUAAAUGUCACUAAGACAAGCAAGCUGACAUGUUAAUUGCACCUUUGUGUUAUCUUGGUGGUGUUUUGAGAUCUGAUUGCUUCCUUUACGGUUAAUUUCUAAAACUCUUGAGUUGAAGAUGAUUUCCUCUGGCAUAGUGUUUCAUUGCAAUAUGAAUUACAAUAUGUCAAAAAGUAAAACUACAGAAAUUGAAUGAACUAAAUUAGAAACAUAAACUUAUGUUUCUAACAAUUCUCGAUUGAAUUUGUUGAUUUUUUAUUCCUGCUUUAGAGUUUUUUUAAUUUCUAGAUACAGAUUACUAUCUGAAGAUGCCCUUGGAGACAAGUUGUCUUAGUAUUUUAAGAUCCCCAGGAAUUGGACUCCCUGAUUGUCUGUCAUACCUUCAAUUUAUCUAGGAUGUUCAGGAUUUUAGAGCCAAUUCAGCUGCAACUAUCUCCAUAUUUGUCACAAACAUAACUACCCUAGUAGAACUUCUGAACCUCAUACAUUUCUCUGUCUCAAAAUUUGGUCACCCUGUUCUGGGAUAGUAUCUUCAAGUUUUAUAGUUCUGUUUGCAUGAAAUGCAUGAAAAGAUUGUGUUAUAGGGAGAAGUUGUCUGUCUGUCUGUCAUGCAUCUGCAGGUUUCAGCUCCAAAACUGUUGAAUGAAUUUUGAUAAAAAUAUGUGUUGAGGUUAUACUCAGAAAGCUGUUGUGCAAUUUCAGUUUGAUUCAUGCUGAUUGAAUGUAAGCCUCACUUUACAUCAGCUCACAUUAAAUUUUCUCAAAAACAACUUGGCAUACAAAAAGUGGGUAUGUAAGAUAACAUGUAAAUCUCAUUAAGAUCUACAACAUUUAUUUGAAACAUUUUUAAUGUUAUGUAUACUUGACAAGAAACAAUGGAAAAUAGUUUUUAAGAAUGCAUUUUUCUAGUAAUUAUAAUUUAGUGUUACAUUUGUACAAGAAUAUUGGACCAAAUUAUUUAUCUACUUUUGUAUAAAUUAUAAUUUAGUAUCACAAAAUAUUCUGACUUCUUGUAAAAGUAACCUAAGAUCAGACAAGAAUAUGGGUCACAAACAUGUUGCACUUGUGAUCCAUAUGAAAGUUAUGAAGGAUUACAAUAGAUUAUGACAAAUUUUAAGAUAAAUGUGACCGACCUUCUGACAUAACACAAAGACAAGUUGUGCUUUUAAUUUAGUUCAAAAGCAAGAUGAAGAGAAACAGAAGUUUUAGGGAACUUGGACUUCACUUGCAGCGCAAUGUAUUUCUGUAUGAAGUUUAGUGCUCAUUAUGUAUCAUAACUUCAAUUUGUAUGUGUGUGUUUGUGCGUGUGCUUGUGUAUGGAACAGAAUAUUGUUACCUCAGUAAUGUACCAUUUUAUAUAAGUGUUUUACAGAGCUGAUUUUUACAGCAGUGAAAGGUAAGGCAUUAUUAUAGUCAACAUUGUUGACCUCGGAACUUACAUUUUACAUUUCUGGCCUGGUUUUCCAGGAAAGGAAGGAACUAUCAUAUUUUGACCAGUUUAAACUUUGCUAUGGAAGACAUUUAAGAGUUCCAAAUACAUGUUCACUUCUGUUGGGACUUAAUACUUAUGUUUAUAUUUGUCAUUUUUCUGAUGGUGAAAUAUAAAAUCUAAAAUUUAAAGGAACUUUUAUAAACUUUGAAGAUUAUUGUAUUUAAUGCCAAUUCUAAUGUUAAAAUAAUGACUGCUUGCACAAUAUACAGGUUUCCUUGUCAAGAUGAAAUCCAAGUUAUUUUAUUUUCAGCAUAUUAAAGUUAACAUGUUCAUUGCCAGGAGUGUAAUUGCUAGUAUAAACUUGGGGGAAGGGGGAGGGAAGUUGGACACAACUAAACAUUACACAAAUUAUUGGUUGAAGAAUCAAUUGUGUCCUUCAAACAUAUGUCGGAAACUGACACAUAUUUUGAUUCAUGAAAGCUUUUUCUAUGAUCUGUGAAUAUAAAUGUUUAACAGUUGUACAAACCAUUGUUGGCAUUGAAUGUGUUAGAUCAUAUAUAAGACCUUCUGCUAUCAUUUUCAGUGGCCCAACAGUUAUAAUUGUAGCAUGUUAUUUGAUCAAUACCAAAUUAUGGGAAAAUUAAUAAUGGAUGAUUCCUUUGUUAAAUUUUUGGCAUAUUCACUGGUUUUACCUUCAUCUGUUUUCCUUGCAAAAAGAUGUCUAACAGCACUAUAUCCACUUGAAAAUGAGAGGCAUGAAGGUCUUGUUUUGGGUAAUAUCUGUUUCUUAUUAAAUAAGAAUUCCACUGGUCAGUAUGAGUAUUGUCAUAUAUUAUAUCAAUAUUGUAAUAAAACUGAUUUAUUUUGUAA